CCCAGCACCGGCUGCAGAGAGGAAAACGUAAGUGGCGCCACGUGGCUGCUAACGGUAAUUUCGGCCGGCUCUGGAAAAUGAAACCAGAGCGAGUCCGGCUCGCCCCCGGGCGCUGCGUUUGCACAGAGACAGAGCGCGCUGCGUUUCUCAAUGUGCGGCUCGGCAGAGCGACCCUGGGGAAAGCGCGCAGAGCUCGGCGCGCGCUUUGCCCAGUUCCCCCGGGCGCUUUGCCCACCGUGCGCAAGGACCGGCCGCCUGCGGACAGACAGCUGGGCGAAGGCGGCCCCCCCCUCACCCGGAAAUGGCCAAUGUAGUGCCCCUGCUACAAAGGACCAGCCGGAGGGGGAACAAGGACUGGUCUGGCAGGCUUAUUAUUGCCUCUUUAGCUGGCGCUUUUGGGUCUUCAUUUCUUUAUGGUUACAAUCUCUCCGUAGUGAAUGCACCAGCAGUGUAUAUCAAGAGGUUUUACCAUGAAAGCUGGGAAAGAAGAUAUGGCCACGUAAUAGAUGGAGGAACUCUUACACUCCUUUGGUCUAUAACUGUGUCUGUUUUCUCCAUUGGUGGACUGGUGGGUGCGAUAAUUACCAUACCAGUUGUGAAGUUCCUUGGCCGAAAACAUACAUUGCUGAUCAAUAAUGUAUUUGCAAUUAUGGCUGCAUUGUUGAUGGCUCUCUGUCAGAUAGCUGGAUCAUUUGAAAUGCUCUUGUUGGGCCGCAUUGUAAUGGGUAUUCAUGCAGGUGUCUCUCUCAGUGCCCUUCCCAUCUAUUUGAGUGAAAUCUCACCUAAGGAGAUCCGGGGUGCUCUGGGGCAGGUCACAGCAAUCUUCAUCUGUAUUGGAGUUUUCAUUGCUCAGGUUUUAGGGCUGCCAGAAAUAUUUGGAAAUGAAUUUUGCUGGCCCUACUUAUUUGGAGUGAUUGCUGUUCCUUCACUGAUCCAAGUUGGGAUUUUGCCCUUUCUCCCUGAAAGUCCUCACUUCCUCCUACUUGAAAAGAAUGACACAAGUGGAGCAGAAAAAGCAUUCCAGACCUUCCUUGGGAAAGAUGAUGUCUCUCAUGAAUUAGAAGAGAGUGAAGCACAGAGAAAUGUUAAAUUAGAGUCUGUCUUUCAACUUCUGAGAAACCGCUCUGUACGCUGGCAGAUCAUUACUGUGAUCAUCACCAUGGCCUGCUACCAGCUAUGUGGGCUAAAUGCUAUCUGGUACUACACAAACAGCAUCUUCAGUGAAGCUGGGAUAAGUCAAAAACUGAUCCCUUAUGUUACCUUGAGCACCAGCACUGUUGAGAUUUUGUCUGCUGUUUCUUCUGGUUUAGCUGUUGAACGGCUUGGACGAAGACCUCUGCUUAUCGGAGGUUUUGGUUUGAUGGUCAUCUUCUUUACAAUACUUACAGUAUCCCUGACUUUACAGAAUCAUGCAUACUGGCUCCCCUAUCUCAGUAUAUUUUGCAUUCUUGCAAUAAUUGCAUCAUUUUGCAUUGGCCCAGGUGGGAUUCCAUUUGUCUUGACGGGAGAGUUUUUUCAGCAGUCUCAAAAGCCUGCCGCAUUUAUGAUAGCUGGGACAGUCAACUGGCUCUCCAACUUCUCAGUGGGACUUCUUUUCCCUUUCAUUCAGGCUGGACUGCAGACAUUUUGUUUCCUGGUGUUUGCCGUCGUCUGCCUUGCUGGAGCUACUUACCUGUUUUUUGUCCUGCCCGAAACAAAAAAUAAGACAGUUAAUGAAAUCAGCCAGGCAUUUACCAAAAGGAAUAAAGUGAUUUUAGAAGAGCGGGAGAUGAGCCAGUUUUCAUCAGAAAUGAAAUCAAGUGAAGAACAAGAACAUAACUUCUCUUCUACACUGGAGAAUGGUGAAACUAAAAACAGAAUAUUCUAAGCAUUCAGUGUUCUUUUUAUGGAAAAAAAAAUACCCAUGCUCUGCUGGUUUGGAAAGCAUGUGAUCAUUCUAACAGUUCAGCAUUUGUGUUAUUAAUACCCCUGUGUAUUUGGGGGGGGGUUGUUUUGUUUUUUUUAAUCCAGGAGAAUAUGGGCAUAAAGUAAAUCAGUGGCAGCUGGGAAGUGGAUAUAUGAGGUACAGUGAUAUCUGGGGGGAACAAGACCCAGAGUUUCUAGGAAACCUGUGGAGUGGAUCAUCAGGUGGAUGGAGGGGAAUGGGAUCAGGACUAGGAGAGGGAAACUGGAUUAGCAGUGGGAACUGGGUGGAGGGAUCCUGAGCAAGGACUGGCUGAUCAGCAUGCCCCAUGCCAGCUUGCAUGGGUGGACCUAUAUGCUAGUGGCAGAGAUUGGGUGCGACUCAGUGGAUACAAAGAGAAGGAGAGGCAACUGUUAUUUCUCAGCUUUUCCCAAUAGGCUUUUAAAAUUGCACUUCAAAACGAAAGGGACACUAUCGUGGUAUUUUUUCCAUCUUCAUUUUUAAUUUUAGCUGCUGUUCCUCAUAAGAGCCUCUCUUGCUCCCACUGUCUCCAGAAGAUGGAAACUGCAAUUUGUUUCCAUGAUUACUAACAUGCUUCCUCCCUCUAGCCUACAAAUACUGGCAAGAGUGCUAGAUUGCUGGCACUCUGUUUCUGUUGUUUAAAGCAAAUAACAGUGAAGCAUUUGUUCUGAAAACAAAAACUCCACAUAUUCUGAAAUAGUGGGCUCUGGGGAGAAAGGUAAAGGAGAAGAAAAAAUAAACAUUAAGCUGCCCAGACUUUAACAAUAGUAACAUUUUUUAAAAGCACAAGUCCUAUUUUCAAAAGUGAUUUAGGAGCCAAAGUCUCAUUGAAGGCCUAUGGGACUAAUGCCCUGAAGUGCCUAAGACAGUUUUGAAAAUGGGGCUUAGGCUCCUAAGUCUUUUAGAUGCUUUUAAAAAUGUUACCCAAUGUCCAUUUAAUUUCAUGAUAGGAAAAUAGCAGGGGUUUCUGGUUUGUGAUGUUUACUCUUCCUGAUUCUUAGUGUUUUUUAGGCAAGUUAUGGCUCACUUUUUAAUAUUUUUCAAUUGUUUUCCUUGAAUUCCUUAAGUGCCUAGGUACUAUAGGGAUAAGCACUUUCUAAAUAAAAUAAAUCCCAUAAUUUUAUAUAAAAACGAAGUACUUAGCAGUCUUGGGGAUAAGUCCCCAGUGAGAAUGUACAAUCUUUUAGGGUGAGCCAUGUUUCUCUAUGAGCCAUUUUGUACAAUACUAAAAUUGUAAAUUUGACAUGUAUAUUUUAUUUUUAAAAUUGUUCCAGAUGUUUGCCUCGGUGAGGAUUUUUUGGUUUUAACCUAAUGUUUUUAAUCAUAACCUAAAAUAAGUUAUUGCCAAAUAAUCUAUACUGUAUGCUGUUGUUGUGGCAGCCAUUUUGGAUCCAGGGUAUAUGAGAGACAAAGUGAGUGAGAAAAUGGCUUUUAUUAGACCAACUUCUGUUGCAGGGAGAGAGAGACCUUUCCAAUUUACACAGAGUUUGUCUUCAGGUCUGGGAAAUGUACUCAGAGGGUACUACAGUUGGUCCAUGGUAGCUGACUUGGGCUCAGGCUAUGGGGCUGGUUAAUUGCAAUGUAGACGUUGGGCUCAGGCUGGAGCCUGGUCUCUAAGGCCCAGUGAGGUGAGAGGGUCCCAGAGCUUGGACUACAACUUGAGCUCAAACAUCUACACCGCACUUAAACAGCCUCUUAGUCCAAGCCCCGUGAGCCGGAGUCAGGUGGCACACGCCAGCCACAGCUAUCUGAUUGCAAUAUAGACAUACCCAGUGUCACUGCUAAAUACAAGGUGGAACAGAUUGUUUAGCAUAAGUAGUUAACACAUAUUUCAAGGGACCGUUCAAGGUGAGGUGGCCAGUUACCACCUGUCCAGUUAUAGGGGAAGGAAAGAAGCGGGGGGGGGAGGGAGCAAUAAUCUAUAGUCCCUCCUUCGUUCCUUCUCCUCCCCUCCCUAAUACAUAGUUAAUAUGUAUUAACUACUUAUGCUAAACAAGCUGUUCCACCUUGUAUUUAGCUGUGACACAGAGCACAUUUCCCAGACUUGAAGAGCAGCUCUGUGUAAACUCAAAAACUUGUCUCACCAAUAGAAGUUGAUCCAAUAGAAGAUAUUACCUCACCCACCUUGUUUCUCUAAAUGCGAUAUACUGUGAUUUGUAUAUUUGUGUAUAUACUGCCCAUAUUAACCAUUGCUAGAACUUAAUUACCCAACAGAGCAAUUUCAUUGCUGGGUAAUAGGAAAGAAUGCUCUCGUUCUCCAUACCAGAUUUUACACUGGGUAGCUACUGACGUCAGUGGAGUUACUCCAGUGUAUAAUUUGGGUAAUAUCAUGGACCAUCAGACUGUUCUGCUGCUAAAGAAAAGUGUAAUGAAUCAGGAUUAUGCCAAUGGAGAAUCUUUUAGGGCUAAUCAAAUAUUGGUGUAGUUUUUCCCCCUAAAGAUGUUUCCCUAAAGAAAGUACUUGAAACUGCAUAGCUCUUGUGUGCAGCCUGUGUGUGGUUUUGUCUGUCUUUGUUUCUUGGGUUUAUUUUAGUUUUUGCUACACAGGUUCUUGAAGUUAAAAAAAAAAAAAAAAAAAAGUCAAAGCCAGUGCUGCUGAGUUGGUGAACAAUACAUUUAAAAUCCGUUCAAGCACAGAGGCCUUCCUUUUCUGAUUGAUAGAAUGGUGGGAGAAUCAAGCCCUUUUACUCAACUUGAGGGGUACCUUACUUCAAAAGCUGGGCUUGUAAGGUACUACUCCACUUGAGUUAGGUUGUUAUAAAUGGGCUCUUUAAUAACAAUUAAAAUUAAUACUUCAUGCUGCUCAUCUUCUAAGCACUUGGUGGGCAUUAAUCCUUGAUAAUGUUGACCUUUGAUAAAUUAAGACUUGUUGGCAUCCUGUAUCAGUUUUGCUGAACUUCUGAAGCAAGGUUUAACCCUUCAGUAAUUUAAUGCAACUACUAGCAAUCAUUUUGAAAUCAGCUAUGAAAGUUCUUUCAGCACCUCACUAAGACCCAAAUGUUGUUCACCGCUCUCCUGCCAUGCAUACGAAGCAUGCAUAAAUGAAGCUUGGACAGAGGAUCAGAAAAGGGUCAGGUGAAAGCUCCCUUCACAACUAAGGGGCUUUUAUAGUACUAGCAACUAGGGCUCCUACAUCCUCUCUAUGUGAAGAUGCCAUGACAUAUGGCUCCAUUGGCCCCUCUCUUGCCACAGCCUAGAUGUGCAUGCAUGCGUUACUGCAAAGAGAGGCAUCAUAGAAAAGUCUCCAUGGCACAUAAGGAGUGCAAAGUCCCUUUGAGUAGCUCCCCUGUGUCCUGUCUCCUAUGAGCUGUAUCACAUCAGUUCUGCUGAGUUUAGGGCCUUCUGGGCUUGUAGGAUAGGGAGCUGUGGAGGUGCAAUUAGAUACCUGUUUUGUUCCAAAUCUUUCUGUAAGAGAGCAGUACAGAGAAAAUAAUGUCAGCAUCAGAGAAUAUUAGUUCAAACAUUCCAUUCACUGCCUAGGGGAUGUGGUUAUAGUAUAGUCAAACUUGGUUUCUGGGAACACCCAAGAUUUGCAGAACUCCCUCAUCUCCAACUCCAGGGGUGGUUUUGAAUUGUUCUCAAGUAUUGCAUAGGAACAUUUCCCCCUUUCUUAGGGUGUUAUAAGUGCAACAAUCAAAGGAUGGAAUGUAAUAUGUUGACAGUUCUUCACUGGUUUUUCUAUUUGGGUCUACAGCCAAACCUGUACAUUUGUCAAUGAAUGUUAUGCUUGUGCAUGUCUGUUUCUCUAAAAUCUGAAUUAAUGUGAAAAUGCUGCAGUAUGUGUCUUCAUUUUUAAUACUGGUUUAAAAACAGAUUGUAAGUGUGUGACUGAGCAGUGAAAUCUAUGUAUGAAGUAAUAAGAGUUAAACCAACAAGAUGCUAGGUUCUGUUUCAUUUCUGGAAAAUGUGAGAUUAUCCAAAGUUGAAUGUAAGGUGUCAUUACUCAGUUUUCAGUUGUAUAACCUGAGUUUUUCAUGUGAUUCAUCAUUAAAAUCUUCUAUGUACAGUCA